AUGUUCGACACCCGCCGCGACAGACCUAGCCAUGUGGGAUCCGCCCAGCGCAGCCAGCCAAUGGGCAACGCAAGGUCCUCAAAGCCCGCCGCGGACGCAGCAAUGGGCAGCUUCAAGGUCUGCGUGGUGGGCGGCGCGGGCGGCAUCGGGCAGCCCCUGUCGCUGCUGAUGACCAUGGACCCCAACGUGUCGGAGCUGUGCGUGUACGACCUGACCCUGGCCAUGGUGCCCGCAGAGGGCGUGGCGGCCGACCUCUCCCACCUCAACCACAAGGCCUCGGUCAAGGGCUACGCCUUCGACAAGGACGAUCGCGCCAUCGACAAGGCCGAGGAGUGCCUCACCGGCUGCAGCCUGGUGCUUGUGCCCGCGGGCGUCCCGCGCAAGCCCGGCCAGGACCGAAAGGACCUGCUGAACAUCAACGCGGGCAUUGCCAAAAACAUCGUGGAGGCCUGCGCCAAGUUCUGCCCCGACGCCGUCGUGGCCCUCAUCGUCAACCCCGUGAACUCGGUGGUGCCAGCGAUGUGCGAGCUCUGGAAGAAGAGAGGUCUGAGCCCGAAGAAGAUCGUCGGCAUCACGACGCUGGACUGCGUGCGGGCGGAGAAGUUUGUGCACGAGGUCACCGGGCAGCCCUUCGGCGGCAUAUCCAUCCCUGUCGUCGGGGGGCACGCGGGCACCACGAUCCUGCCGCUCUUCUCCCAGGACGCGGCGGGGGCGACCAUCCCGGCGGACAAGAUCCCCGACCUGGACAAGAAGGUGCAGGACGCCGGCACCGUCGUGGUGGCCGCGAAGAACGGCAAGGGCAACGCCACCCUCUCGAUGGCUUUCGCGGGUGCUCGCCUCGGCAGGGCCGUGCUGUCCGGCCUGGCCGGCACGCCCGUGACGGAGCGCGCCUACGUGGAGUCCACGGUCACGGACUUGCCGUAUUUUGCCUCAAGGCGAGUGGCCAUAUUCAAGAUACGAGCCAGACUGCCCCUCGAGAGGCAGGCCGCGGAACUCUACGCAGAACUGAAGGGCGACGCCUGGGUACACGCAGAGGACCUCGACCCGACCGAGCUUCAGAAUGACGAAGGGGUCCAAGUGCUGCUCGAUUUCCUGGCAGACAAGUUUGAUGACGAGAAGGUGAUGGAGCUCGGGUCCGAGCUCAAGACCUUCUUCACCCGCAUGCGCCGCGACAGCGGCGAGGAUGUCAGGGCCUGCAUCAACCGCUUCGAUGCGCAGGUCUCAAGGCUCAAGACGAUGCAGAUCGAGUUCCCAGAUCAGGCGCUGGCGUGGUUGAUCAUGUGGUGGCUAGGCUUGCCGCCAGAUCGAGAAGUUGGAGUGCUGAACGCCAAUCAGAAUAAGUACGAGCUCAAGCCUUUACAGAAGCAGACGUUGCUUAACGUGAAGGAGGAUUUCGAGGCGCACGAGACCCAGGUGGACGACGAGGACCUGCCGGGGGAGUUGCUCGAGGGGCACGAUGAAGCGGGGGCCGAAGUUUACGAGCUAGAGAAGAUGCUCGCCAGAGCGAAGGACAGACAGAAGGAUGCCAAACACGCCAGAGGUUUCUAUCAUCGAGAUCGGCCGCCGGGACCUGGGCGCGGACCUGGCAAAGGACCUGGCGGCAAGGGCAGUUGCGGAGGCGGCGAGGGGCCCGGCGGCAAGGGCUCGGACCGCAUCAAGAAGCUGAAGGCGAGAACUCACUGCGCAGUGAGCCAGAAGUUGGGGCACUGGAAGGGCGACCCCGAGUGUUCAGGGGCGCCGAGCAAGGCGCACAUGACGACCGCCGUCGACCACGACGAGGAAGACCAGGGAUCCAAGCAGUAUCCCACGAGCUGGAGCAGCAAAGAGAAACAGAUCGAGAAGCAGACGUUCUUCAUCAACAACAGCGUGCUGAUGACAGGCGCGGGCACCAUGAACGUCAUCAUGGCUGCGAAGGAGGAGCUGCUGCAGCAGUGCGGCGGCAAGCUGCCAUCAGACUCGCGCUGCUCCAAGUCCGUUGGAGGGCAGGCGUGGCGCAAGGACAUCGAGAAGCGGCUCGCGGUGGCGCGCCUCGGGCCGAUCGAGUUCGGCGAACGUGAAAUUGUCAGGUUCGGCGCCGGGAAGCCAGUCGCGAGCGCGAUCGGAGCGCUGGCGCCGCUCGCCGUGCGUGGACGCCCCCUCGCGCUGAGGACCUCCGUCGCGCCGUGCCUGGUCCCCGCGCUGCUAUCGCAGGAGGCCCCUGGUCAGCUGGGGGCAGCGCGCGACCGCGAGGUGGAGGCUGGCAAGAGCGCCAUGACGUUCAGGAAGCUGGGAGUCUCCAUCCUCGAGCUCGGGCAGACCAAGAGCGGACGUCCGAGUUUCGACGUGCUGGAGUUCGACGGGGCUCACAUUUUCACCAUGGCUCCAGACAUGGGCCCCGGCCAGACAGAGAUCAGGCUGCUUCCGCCAUCGCAGCGCCGGUGGAAAGAACUUGGCGGGAACCCCGUCCCCAUCGCUCGCGGGAUCAUCGCGCUCUGGAGGCCUCCCAAGCACAGGUGCGAGAUAUUCCCAGCGGGCCUCCAGCGGGGCCCGACGGGGCCCCGCGCCAACCGCGUUAAGAGCGACCCGGAUCGCGAGGAGCUGAACUUCAACAUCAUGAGGGAUUCGACGCAGUACGAGCUAAACUUCAGCAACUUCGAGAGCGUGUUUCUCGAGAUCCGUGUUUUCGUUCAUGUGAUGAUGCCUCUCAGCGUGCUGGGAUGGCUCCAGGGUUGGGACAUUCUCGAUGUCAGAUCCAAGAAGAAGUACAACACCGUGGCGCUGAUGCGCUGGAAGCAGAUCGUCAAGCUAGUGUUCUUAGCCAUCGCGAUGACCAGGCGUCCGGCUGCGGCCAUCAUCUUCCACAACGGGCGCCGCCGCGGCAAGGGGGGGGCCCUCGGGAGGCAGGCCGAGGCGCCAGCGCCCCGACGACUACUACCACUGGGGACGAUGGUCAAGGUGGAGCUGCAGGAGGAGAUGGAGAGCAACGGGAUGGGGUUCCAAGGUCUGGGCUGCAGAGAGAUGCGCGUGAUCCUCAGCGAGCAACGGAUCGAGGGCGGCCAGAGUCGCAGAGGAGCUCGAGCCGCGGAUCCAGAACUCCGAGGACUCGCCAAGAAGUCGCGAGCAGAGUUGGCCCAGCUGGCCAAGAAGCGCAACGCGAAGGUAACCGACGACAUGUUCAAGGAGUGCCUCUUUGGCCUGUCGGAGCUCAGGAAGGGCGCGACGAGCAAGGCCAGUGGGGCCACAGCCCUCGGCGCUUUCCUGGUGAAGCCGCUCGCCUCGGAAGGCAAGGCUAUUGUGCAGGACCUCUGCGACGUGUUCAACGUCAAGACCGACUCGAGCUACGUCCUGAUGCAGCUCUUCGCAGGUGAGGCCGUCAUCUCAGGGAAGUUCAGUCGAGCAGGACUCAAGGAGAUCGGUAUGAUGCAGCUGAACAGCAUGCGAGACAUCCUGUUCGAGAACCCUUUGACGUCGGAGGUAUUGAAGGAGCAGAUCAAGCGCUUGAAGGAGCACCCCCGGGUGAAAGAGGUGAAGGUCGACAUGUGCCAGUUCAGCUUGCGACGCCGGCAGUCUCACGGACUGGUCAAGAAGCCGACGAAGCUCUUGGUCUCCAAUGAUUCCCACGUCAAGCGGUUGAGCAAGCAGCGUGCAGUCUUGCAGGCGUGCCAGCGCAGCAACGUGACCUACAUGAUGGAGCGCGGAGUCUACGCGACCCUCGACUUGAUGGAUCUCAUGGGUGGCGAAUCAGACGAGUGGUUCUACUACGAGAACGUUGGCGACGUCGCAGAGAUACCGGCUAAGUUGGAUCGCGCUGCCAAGUUGAAGGUUCAGUUGUGGUGCCAGCCAGAGCCUGUUGCAGACGACAUCGGAGCCAAGGCCAUUCAGUUUGGUCCUGGAAGCUCGGAGUGCUCAAGCAAGGUGGUGAAGGCGGCGAAGUCUCUACGAUAUGCUACGUGCAUGAGCAAGGUCCGGGAGAACAUCGCGAGACCAGCUAGACUUUCCCACGCAGCCGAUUUCAAUGAGCAGAUUGGUUUGGAUUGUUUUACGAUCAAGGAUGUGGAUGCUGGGCAGGACCACCAGCAAGUGCAGUUGUGGAUUUGGAGCGUGGAUUUGGUUCGGUCUGUCAGGAUAUGCUCGAUAAGUUUCAUUGCGUGGCCGUUCCGGUGGCCGGUCACGCAGCAUGGCAACACGGACGGACUGAACGCCAAGGAGGCCCCCAUGGAAAUGCAGAACGACAAAACGCUGCGCAAGGCACUGCUGGGCCGCACCCGCGCACGCGCACAUCCGCUCGAGCAAGGUGACCUUUGUUUCUAUUGCCGCCAGCUCAAGAAGCGCUCGAUCAAGAAGGGCACCUGGCUGCGGCCAGCUGUGAUCGUGGGCAAACAAGCGGGGCAGCCUUACAUCGUCAGCAUCGCCGACGACAGCGACCAGGGCACUACUACCAACUCCAGCUUCGCCGCAAUGAUUCGCGGUGCUCGAGCUCAGAGCGAGAGGCUCAGACAGAAGCUUCAAGACAAAGAGAUCGCUUGGAAGGACAUUCCCGAGGAGCACAAGCCACUCUACCAGAAGGCCAUCGCCGAGCACUGGGAGGAGUGGAAGAAGUUUGAUUAUGUGGAAGCGCUCUCACUGGAGGAAUCCCAACAAGCCCGGAACGACAAUGACAGCAACCGCUUCCUACCGUCUCGCUUCGUGUUCCGCGACAAGAAUGUCAAUAUCCGCGCAGAAGCUAACCCCGCGCCGGUGAAGGCCAAGGCUCGACUAUGUGCUGGAGGACACCGCGAUCCAGAUCUACAGACAGGAGCUCUACGGACAGAUGCCCCUACGGUGCCGCGAACCAGUUCGCUAUUGUUCUUUAUCAUGGCAGCACGCUUCGACUGGGACCCAGUGCGUGCCGACCUCAUGUCCGCGUUUGUGCAGGGAGAGGAGCAGCCCAGAGACAACCUCUUUUCAUGGGGCAGCCGCCCCAAGGUCUACCAGGACUUCAACCAGGACAAGUACUACGCUUCGUCAAGGGCAUUUUCUGAUUGGCGACUGCCCCACGACAGUGAUCGAGACCGCCGAGAACCGGAGCUUGACCUUGCAAUCCCGAAGCUGCCAGGCGAGCUCUGCGUUCUUGUGUCUCACGACGCUGAAUGGGCUAACGUGGGCGAGCCAGACGGCAGGGUAGCUGGCACCGCCUGGCGGCGCCGACGCCGCAUGCGCACCGCCUGCGCUUCGGAGGCCCCGAAGAGUCUCGAGGCUAAGAGCCAGGCGGGAUUUUUGUUAUUCGUGGCCGAGAAGAGGAUCAUGCAGAACGGAGAAGGCAAGGCCGCUUUGGUCGACUGGGAGUUCACCGAGAAGGAGCUGUCAAACUUCCAGCUGCGCGUGGAUUGGUUUUUGGAUUUGUUCGGGCUACGAGAGUUCUUGGAGGACCCGGUAGACACAUUUUACAUGAUCAAAUCAAGUAUUCCCAUCCAGCUCGUCUUGAUCGUGUUGAUAUUCGUGGACGCGACGUACAAUGCAAUUCGCAUGAACGUAAUAAAGUUCCUCACAGCUGUAAUGCUAGCAAUGAUCUCGUCUUCAGAGGCGAUCGCUGUGUGGAUGUUUAACAUGGGAUGGUAUCACUUCGUCGAUAAAAAGGAAGAGGCGUGGAUGUUCGACACCCGCCGCGACAGACCUAGCCAUGUGGGAUCCGCCCAGCGCAGCCAGCCAAUGGGCAACGCAAGGUCAUCAAAGCCCGCCGCGGACGCAGCAAUGGGCAGCUUCAAGGUCUGCGUGGUGGGCGGCGCGGGCGGCAUCGGGCAGCCCCUGUCGCUGCUGAUGACCAUGGACCCCAACGUGUCGGAGCUGUGCGUGUACGACCUGACCCUGGCCAUGGUGCCCGCAGAGGGCGUGGCAGCCGACCUCUCCCACCUCAACCACAAGGCCUCGGUCAAGGGCUACGCCUUCGACAAGGACGAUCGCGCCAUCGACAAGGCCGAGGAGUGCCUCACCGGCUGCAGCCUGGUGCUUGUGCCCGCGGGCGUCCCGCGCAAGCCCGGCCAGGACCGAAAGGACCUGCUGAACAUCAACGCGGGCAUUGCCAAGAACAUCGUGGAGGCCUGCGCCAAGUUCUGCCCCGACGCCGUCGUGGCCCUGAUCGUCAACCCCGUGAACUCGGUGGUGCCAGCGAUGUGCGAGCUCUGGAAGAAGAAGGGCCUGAACCCGAAGAAGAUCGUCGGCAUCACGACGCUGGACUGCGUGCGGGCGGAGAAGUUUGUGCACGAGGUCACCGGGCAGCCCCUCGGCGGCAUAUCCAUCCCUGUCAUCGGGGGGCACGCGGGCACCACGAUCCUGCCGCUCUUCUCCCAGGACGCGGCGGGGGCGACCAUCCCGGCGGACAAGAUCCCCGACCUGGACAAGAAGGUGCAGGACGCCGGCACCGUCGUGGUGGCCGCGAAGAAUGGCAAGGGCAGCGCCACCCUCUCGAUGGCUUUCGCGGGUGCUCGCCUCGGCAGGGCCGUGCUGUCCGGCCUGGCCGGCACGCCCGUGACGGAGUGCGCCUACGUGGAGUCCACGGUCACGGACUUGCCGUAUUUUGCCUCCAAGGUUACCUUCGGCAAGGACGGCGUGGAGACCGUGCAUGACCUGGGGCCCCUGAGCGACUACGAGAAGGGCCGCUUGGAAGCGUUGAAGCCCGCGCUCAAGGAGGAGAUUGCCGCGGGGCUCGAGUACGCCGCGGCCAACGAGUUCGCCGCCUGA